AGGGAGGCAAAAGCAUAUUUGGAACUUAAACUGGCCUCUGAUGUGAAGGACAACAAAAAGUCCUUCUAUAAAUAUAUUAAUAGCAAGAGGAAGGGCAGGGACAACCUCCACUCCUUAGUUGACAUGGAAGGAAAUGUUGUAACACAGGAUGAGGAAAAGGCAGAGGUACUUAACACGUUCUUUACCUCAGUUUUUACUAGCUGGAAAGAACAUCUACCAGACAGCUGGCCUGCAGAACUGGCAGAGGGAGCCAGGGAGCUGCAUGGUUUCCCUGUGUUCCAUGAGCAAGUGAUAGGAGCUCUCCUCAGCAGCUUGGACCCCCACAAGUCCAUGGGACCAGAUGGGAUCCAUCCUAGGGUGCUGAGAGAGCUGGCAGAUGAGCUGGCCAAGCCACUCUCCAUUAUUUUUCAUCAGUCCUGGCUCACUGGAGAGAUCCCAGAUGACUGGAAGCUGGCCAAUGUGGUACCCAUCCACAAGAAGGGCCGGUUGGAUGAGCCAGGGAAUUACAGGCCUGUCAGCCUGACCUCAGUGCCAGGAAAGAUUAUGGAGCAGGUCAUCCUGAGUGCAAUCACACAGCACUUAAAGGAUGGCCAAGGGAUCAGGCCCAGCCAGCAUGGGUUUAGGAAGGGCAGGUCCUGCCUGACCAACCUGAUCUCCUUCUAUGAUCAGGUGACCCGCCUGGUGGAUGUGGGGAGGCCUGUGGAUGUAGUCUACCUGGACCUCAGCAAGGCCUUUGACACCGUUCCCCAUAGCAAACUCCUGUCCAAGCUGUCAGCCCAUGGCUUGGAUGGGAACACACUGCGAUGGGUUAGGAACUGGCUGGAGGGCCGAGCCCAGAGAGUGGUGGUGAAUGGUGCCACAUCCAGCUGGCAGCCAGUCACCAGUGGUGUGCCCCAGGGAUCAGUACUGGGCCCCAUGCUCUUUAACAUCUUUAUUGAUGAUCUGGACGAGGGCAUUGAGUCCAUCAUCAGUAAAUUUGCUGACGACACCAAGCUGGGGGCAGGAGUUGAUCUGCUGGAGGGUAGAGAGGCUCUGCAGAGGGACCUCGACAGGCUGGGCAGAUGGGCAGAGUCCAACGGCAUGAGAUUUAACACAUCCAAGUGCCGGGUUCUGCACAUUGGCCACAGCAACCCCAUGCAGAGCUACAGGCUGGGGUCAGAGUGGCUGGAGAGCAGUCAGGCUGAGAGGGACCUGGGGGUGCUGGUCGACGGUAGACUGAACAUGAGCCUGCAGUGUGCCCAGGCAGCUAAGAGGGCCAAUGGCAUCCUGGCCUGCAUCAGGAACAGUGUGGCCAGCAGGAACAGGGAGGUCAUUCUGCCCCUGUACACUGCACUGAUUCCUCGUCUUCUUGGAUGGACAACACGUGUAGCACUUUCUAUCUUAGGCUGGAGGACCAGGCAAGAUGGGACCUGUGCACCACUCUGUGCACCAAGAAGAGCCACGUGCCCCAUUCCACACCCAGACACCCCUCAGAUGAGUGUGAGUUCCCUCAAGGAACAAGAAGUCGGUCUGGCUUCUCGGCUCCCAGACCAGCUGAGCCGUCGUGCCAUCUGGUGGCUGCUAUUCACACGUCGCUGUGGUGGGCGUAGAUCCGGUCAAACAGAGCCUCGGGGGCCAUACACAGUGGAGAGGGAAAUAAUGGAACCUGAGCUUAGCUCAGAAGCAGGUUCCCUUCAGGACUCAGUCAAUUCCCUCCAGAAGACAGGGAUCAGUCCUGGUCGGGGUCGGCCCGCACGACAGGGCGGGGUGACGGUUGCCGGUGCGUUAUGUGGCGGCUUCUCGUUUGCUGAGCUUAAAGGAACAGCAGGACUCUCGGAGUGGUCCCGGGUUCGGUGCAGUAUAGGCAUGAACAAAGCUUUGGUUUUCCCUGAGGUUCACAGGGCUCAGAGCGGCACACGUGGCAGCUUCUCUCCCGCUACAGCGGGGCUAGGCAUGUAUGGACUCGAUCUCGAUCAAAGUCCCUUCUCCCCGACAACUGGGCAGGUCUUAUUCUCGGGGGUUGGUCCAGUCCUCAGGUGGCAUGGCGGGAUCUCCCGGUCAGUACAACUGGCUGUGGCGACGGUGGGCUCCUCGGCUCAGCGAAGGUCCUCCCUCUGUGGAGAUGAUCCUCCAAUUGCUUCUCACGAUGCCGAGGCUUUCAGUAUGCGUGCAUGUGUAACAGAAGCUAACAGCAAUAAACUCAAUGGCAGAGGCUGCGGCUUGAGAGUUGCUCUCUCGAGCAAGCAGAGACAAAGUGAAGAAGGGGGAAACUUGUUUACCAACUGGGCAAGACUCCUGUAUUGGGAUCCUGUGAGCUUUGAGAGACAGUUAUCAGUGAACAUUUGA